GCCCUCCCAGCUCCCCCACCAGUGCACGAGUUUACCUCUAGAGGUCAUCAGGCAGGAUUUACGACUGGACAACAAAAGCACGUGAUGUGAAGCCGUACCCCAUAUUUGGGUGCCUACGUAGGAGGGAACCAAGUACAUGUCCCAGUCAUUUCCAUAAUUCAUCAUAAAUUGUGCAAGGGUGCUAUAGACGCACAAAACGACCAAGAGCCACAAAUCAAGCACACAUAUCAAAAAACAAAUGAGCUCUUAUUUUGUAAACUCAUUUUGCGGUCGCUAUCCAAAUGGCCCGGACUACCAGUUACAUAAUUAUGGAGAUCACAGCUCGGUGAGCGAGCAAUACAGGGACUCCGCCAGCAUGCACUCCGGCAGGUACGGAUACGGCUACAAUGGCAUGGACCUCAGCGUCGGGCGCUCUGCUUCCACCCACUUUGGUGCCAAUGAGAGACCCCGCAGUUACCCGGCCAACACCACCUCUGCCUCGACAGAGCCCAGGUACAACCAGCCCGCGGCGGCUUCCCACUCGCCUCCCCCUGACCCUCUGCCCUGCACCGCCGUGGCCGGUUCGCCUGUCAGCGAGAGUCACCACGGGGUGAAAAACUCCCUCGCCAACUCCACCAGCACUUCGUCCAAUUCCAGCAGCAACACGCACAUCAGCAGAGACGGGGUUGGCACCUCGUCUGGGACUGAGGAAGACACUCCAGCAAGCAGCGAGCAGGCAAGUGCCCCGACCGACCAAAGCACAGCCCAGCCUUCACAGCCCCAGAUCUACCCCUGGAUGCGAAAACUGCACAUAAGUCAUGACAACAUAGGGGGACCAGAAGGGAAAAGGGCUCGGACUGCUUACACCCGCUAUCAGACCUUGGAGCUGGAAAAGGAAUUUCACUUCAAUAGAUACCUGACCCGCAGAAGAAGGAUUGAAAUAGCACAUGCUCUUUGCCUCUCAGAGAGACAAAUAAAGAUCUGGUUCCAAAACAGGAGAAUGAAAUGGAAAAAGGAUAAUAAGCUGAAAAGUAUGAGCAUGGCAGCUGCAGGAGGGGCAUUCCGUCCCUAAGCGUUUGAUCAAUUAAAAGUACUGAGCAGUAUUAGCUGACCCUGCGUCUCAUGUCAGUACUAAGUUGACUUUCUAAAACUUCCUUGUGUUACUUCUGUGAAGAAACCCUGUUCUUGUCGCCCUUAUUCAUCUUUUAAUCAUGAGCCUGUUUAUUACCAUUCUCUCGCGUGUAUAAGUAGAUCUGCUUUUAUCGUACAUUUCUUUGUCUUGAAUGGCUUUGUCUUGAAAAAAAUAAUAGAUGUUUUAACUUAUUUAUAUGAAGCGAGCUGUGUUACUUGAAGUAACUGUUAAAACAAAACAAAACUAAACAAAAAAGAACAAAAAAAAAGAAGGUAAAAAAAAAGGAGAGAGAGAAAGAAACCCUCCCCCGGUUUAGUACAAAUGUUAUGUGUUGCACUCAACCUGCUUAACUGUGCAUGUGUGGUCAAGUGUUAAUGUCUGUAUAGCUCCAAGCUGUUAAAAAUAUUUUUAUUCAAACUACCUAUAUAAUUCCUGUGUAAUUAAUGCUGUUGUAGAGGUGAUAUGAUGAAAUCAACUGAACUUGUCCUACGUGUAGUGAAUAGUGAAUCUGUGACGAAAACUGUGAUUCCAAGCAGUAUGUCCUUGCUGUGCCUUUGUAUAUGACUCUUUGCACGAACUCUUAGAAGUGGCUCUUAUUAAGCGCAGCUUCUGUGAUGUAUGUUUUUUGUGAACAAAGUUACAAAUAUAGUCAAAGUCUGGCUGUUUGAGCAAACUGUGAUCAGCUUUUUUUUUUUUUUUGUAUUUGUUUUUAAAAAAAACUGACUGGAAAUCAACAAAAAAAAUAAACUUUCUAUUGUAAAGUU